AGGCACGCUCGGGUUCGUUUCUUUUAUUCUCUAAAUAAAAUUUAUACUAACCGAAUUGCCUUUCUUAGCUCAAAACGGCUGGGCUCGGUAGGCGCUGACUUAUUCGUCGGAACUGAAUCGCGAGUAACCACCCGGGACUUAACCAUGGUAGCAAAGUGAACUCACAUCACUAUCAGAAAAAUUCCUGGUCAGUGGUCAGAAAGAGGGCGAAACAAUACACAAGAAGCAAUGAUAAAGGCGCAACCCGAUCAAGAGCGCUUUUAUUUCCUUGAGUGCUAGCAGCCACAAGAUCUGUGAUUAUUGGAUACUUGGCCAUUGGUAUAGAGUUAUGGUAAUCGUUUAUUCCCUCUCUGGGAUAAAAAGGGAAAAGAAAAAAAGAGCUAACCCAAACAGCAUAUCGUUGCAAUGAGGUGCCCUUGGCUGCCUACCGAUACCGGGCUCUAUUCUCUGCUUCGCUGGAGGGUAGGUGGGCGGCGCUCUUGGAUGUUCUGCAGGAUCAUGUAUUGGGCAAACCCCUCGAACCACCCGGCGGACGGAUCCAGAUAUUUAGUUCAUUGAUAGUACGGGGUCACAAUGUUAGUAUUGAAUUCGUGAGUAGUUCCACUUGUUUAUACAUCUCAGCUUUCUGAUUUCUAAAUAGGUUGCUAAAGCAGGGGUAAUCCCCUUUUGAUCUGAGUCCUGGGUACCUGGACUGCCAUUCCCUUUGGUCUUCCGUUUCUACUAAAGGUCUUUGCUCUGGCGAAACCAAGUUUAUCCCCCCAUGUUCUAAGAUAUCUCCAGCGAUAGGAUUGAUCUGCUUAAUAUUCAUCGUAAUUACUUGGCGGUAAUCCCAAAUAUGGCUCAUAUGGGUUAAGAUUUUGGAAGGUUCCAGGUCCGAAGAAGGAAUACCUGGUUGAGGGCACUACCGGAAGAUUUCUAGGCUUCUGGUCCAUUCCGAUAUAUGCAGCAUUUGCUUGAGGAGGUAGGUUCCAUUUUGAGCUAAAGUAGUUAACCUAUAUCUAGAUGAGGGUAACAACACUAACGCUUCCAUGAACAACCUAGGCCCCGAUACUGAUGAUGAUACCCGGGGAGGUUCAGGACCCGCGCAGAAAUACCUCGACCGCAACCAAGAAGGACUAUAUUCAUAUCCGCUUUCCCCAUUACCUCGUGGGCGUAUUAUAUGCGGGCAUUAUCUGCUCUUCUAAUGGUCCAACACUUCUUCCCACUCUGGAUGGUGGAAAAGCUGGAAGUGAUGCUAGUACUCGGGCGAUUGGUAUUGAAAGGAUGGGUAUUAACUUUAGAGGUUGGGCCUAUCUCAUUAAUCCUACGGUCAUGACUUCGACGUCGCCGUGUGUAAAUGCUUAACUACAGUCUCAUUACAAUCGCCUCGGCUUGGGCUACUAUAGCCCCUCCUUUUUAACACAUUAUGUGUUGGUAUUAUAGAUAUAUCCAUUUCUCGA